AUGAAUUGUGCAGAUAGUUCUUAUCGUGAUGGUGAUCAAUGGGAAGAAUUAAUUAUAAAAUAUUUACCUCACUUGGAAAAGUUUUCCUUAGAGUUAUAUGAAGAUACGGAUGAUUAUUAUUCACCUCCUGUAUACAUAAAAGAACCAGUUCAAUUCAAUUCACCAUUUUGGAUCGAGCGACAAAUGAGAGUUAACAUUACAAUCGAUUAUGAAUUUAACAACUAUUCAAUCCAACCAUUGAAGAAACGAUGGUAUGAAGAUACACAAGAUAAAAUUAUUAAUUCUUCUACCGGACAUUCUCAAUCUAAUCGCUUAAUUCUCCAUGAUAUUCCUUAUAACAAAUCUUAUGAAGUACUAAUCGAUAAAAUCUAUCAUGUUUUAUUUAUUUCACAAAUUUAUCAUGUUGAAAUUCCCUAUGAUAAGAUUUUUAUUGGUUUAUUAAUUCAAAUACUUGGUGCAUUACCUCAACUCAUAUCACUAAAACUUCAUUCUUUAUCAAUAAAUAAACCAAGAAAAUUAUCUUCAAAAGAAAUUGAUAUUCUUUCUUCGAUAAAAAAUACAAGUCAAAUUAAAUAUGUUUAUCUGAGGAAGAUGAUUAAAAUUGAAGAUAUUGAUUUCCUUAUGAGACUUUGUCCUUCGAUGGUAUAUCUUAAAAUAGAUUAUGCAAAUAAGAUCAAUGUUGAAAUUUUUGUACGAAAUAUUUUGGAGAAAAUUGAUUGUGAAUUGACUGAACCUCUUCAUUUAUUGUGUUUUCAUAUUCCAACAGUUGAUGAUGAAAUGGUAAAAAAAUUCGAGAACGUGAUUAAUUCGGAAAAAUGA